CUUCCGACCACGCGGCGGAGGCGCAGGAACCUCCUCUCUCGCCGUAAAUAAAGGCCAGAACUUUAUUAGUCACCCGGUUAAGUAACAUGUCAAACAUGGGCGCACGGGUUUCGCGUAUGUUUAGGAAUUUUAAUCUAGAAAACCGCGUUAUCCGUGAGAUAUCCAAGGAGAAACCUCUCGUCGCGCCGAGGCACAAGACCCCGGUCCUACCUCCAGUCAGCAGCUCAGACGCGGCCGGUGUCUCGGAGGUCAUCCACGGGAAGAAUGAGCCGCUGGUGUCGCUCCUGAAGACCGUGUGGGUCCAGUCCGAGGACCCGCUGCCCGCAGAGCCGGUGCCCGGGCCCCCGGCCCUCCCGGUGGAGCGCCGCCCCCUGAAGUUCAGCCUGCCGGGGCCCGGCCACGGCCUGGCGGACAUCACGGACGUCCCCAAGGGCCGGCUGUCCCUGGUGGAGGCGCUGCGGGCGCUCAACAGCCACAAGACGCAGCCGGCCACGUGGACGGCGGAGAGGGUGGCCCUGGAGUACUGCCUGGCGCCGGCCGACACCACAGCCCUGCUGCAGUUCUUCAUCCCCUUCAACGUCAAGAUCCUCCCGCCGCAGCGCGACGGCCAGAAGCAGAUCAAGGGCUCCUAGGGGCGCAGCGGGCGGAGUAGUUAUUGAUCCCAGUGAAGUUAUUAUUGAUCGCAGUGAAGCGUCUGUGAUGCUGCUUUAGGACGUGUCUGUGAUGCCCCCCCCCCCCGUUUGAAGGCCCUGAUGUUGGAGCUCGAUCAUGAGUGGGUCCAGGCUUCAGUCAGGCAUGACUGGGUUUGUUUGGGGGAUUUCCAUUUUAUUUCAGUCAACCAUGAGGGUUAAAAUCCAUCUGAUGAGUGAAGGGCCUCAGUGGUGCAGCCUAACCCAGUCCACCAGAGCCAGGUCAAGUGAGGCGGCUUCAGCCCCCAACCACAGCCUCCCAUUCUGGAACUCCAUUCAAAUCCUUUUUUUUUUUUCGUUCAAAUCUUUUGUCUAUAAUUCUGUCCAAAAAUGUUGCCAUAAAACAAUGGCCACAUAAUUAAUUUAUAUCAAGAGUAGCGAUAUUACGUCAUCACAGGGGGUUAAAGCUUCUACUGUAGAGCUGCUCUGUCAUCAGAGGGGUGAGCUUCUACUGUAGAGCUACUCUGUCAUUAGAGGGGUUAGAGCUUCUACUGUAGAGCUGCUCUGUCAUCAGAGGGGUUAGAGCUUCUACUGUAGAGCUGCUCUCAGGAUGAAGAUGGGCAGCGGGCUGUCUGAACUAGAACUUGGUUCUGGAGAACUUGGUUCUCUGAACUCAGACGUGCAAAAGGUUUGUUUGUAUUCUUUGGUCGUCUGAAAGCCGCUGAUGCGCACAUGGUCUUUCUUAAUAAACUACUUUGUUAUACA